GCCGCCCGCACCACCUCGCCGCGUGCAGCGGCGUGGGUUUCUGUGUCGCUGGUACGCCAUCUGUGCCAUAUGGGUGUGCCUGAUACUCACCUACCAGUACACGCGACGGAAGCCGAAGUCGGCCGCUGCGCCGGGGGAAAAAGAGGUCCGACUACGGUUGCGGAAACAUAACUUUGAAAGAAUAAAGCGUGCCGAGGACAGGAACGCUUUUUCGCCAAUUUUACAACGGCACCAGAACGAAGAGGAACCUGGUAAAACAGACUCCUCAGCCUCCCCUACGAAAGUUGCAGACGCGUCGUUGAAGGAUUCUCCCGCAGAUCUUCACAACUCUGGCGGUACCAACAAGGAGGAUGUAAGAAUACAAGACUUGUUCGGAGCAGGCGGUGUCAUGCGCGAUAAUGGAGCACUAGCCGCAGGACGAAGAACACAUCAGAGAACGAGGCCAAAACAGUCCACCGCGGUUUCCACGACCCUUCUCGUUUCGCCCCUCAACGGCGGUGCGGAGCAGAAGUUCCCUGUGUACAUUGACACGAGGUCACCCGCGCUCUUCGUUCCCGAUGCCAGUUGCGGGGACUGCCCGAGUUCCGUCACGAAAUUUGAUUCAGGUGAGGAUACGGCCAAGAAAAAAGUAAAGAGCGUCACGGUGGGGCGACUCGGGGUCGUUUCCGGCUACGCGGUCGAGACGAAGGUGGCAGUAAGCAGCAGUGUGUUUGUCAACAAGCAGCCGGUUCUGUCCGCGUACGAGCUGCCCCAGAAUCUACUUCCCUCCGGGAUCACGGGGUAUUUGGGAUUAGGGAAGUUGAGUCUACCGCUAGCGAAAGACUCCUUUCUGCUGAACCUGCUGCUGCCAGACAGGUCGGGAAUGAGCGGUAAGAUGGUACUUUCUGUUCGAUGUUCAUGUUUCUAGAAGUUUUCUGAACCUGCGCUGCAAGUUGUAUGGCGUGCGAGUAAAGAGCAUAUUGCUUUGUAAUUAGGUUUACGUUGAAAACAUGACUAAGCACUGAAGACAGACUGAAACAAAAACAGGAGCUGUCACCGAGGGCUACUUCUAUGUGGACUACCAGAACAGCGCUGCGCCGGAGCUGGUGCUGACCACUUCGAAGCCCGACGCCAGUCGCUACGAUGCAAACUUUGGGGCAAACUGGCUGCCGACGUUAGAGGUGGAGCGCUAUUCUCAGUGGUUUGUUCUCGCGAACUCGCUGACAGUCGCCAACAGGACUACUAGCAAGAAAACGGAUGCAGUCAUCGGUAAAUUGUUUGCUUGUUGCUAUAGUGGUUUGCAGUGUCCGCAACGAUGAUCUGGGUGCGAAUCUGGGAGCUUCGCUCAAGCGUUUCGCUUAAGCGUUUCGCUUAAACGUUUCGCUUAAGCGUUUCGCUUAAGUGCUUCGCUUAAGUGCUUCGCUUAAGUGCUUCGCUUAAGUGCUUCGCUUAAGUGCUUCGCUUAUAGUGCUUCGCUUAAGUAGUGCUUCGCUUAGGUAGUGCGUCGCUUAAGUAGUGCGUCGCUUAAGUAGUGCGUCGCUUAAGCAGUGCGCUACUUAUCUAGUGCGCUGCUAAAGCAGUGCCUCGCUUAAGUAGUGCCUCGCUUAAGUAGUGCCUCGCUCAAGUAGUGCCUCGCGUAAGUAGUGCCUCGCUUAAGUAGUGCCGCGCUUAAGUAGUGCCUCGCUUAAGUAGUGCCUCGCUCAAGUAGCGCCUCCUUGCUUAAGGGGUGCUUCCUUGCUUAAGUCGUACUUCCUUGCUAUAAGCGCUUCGCCUCAGCCUAAGUAGUGCGCCGCUUAAGUAGUGCCUCCUCGCGUAAGUAAGUGCGUCGCCGUAGUUGGUGACUCCGCUUGAGUAGUGCCUCACUUAAGUAGUGCCUCCGGGCUUUAGUGCUUCGUUUAGGUGUCGCCUCCGCUUAUGUAGUGCUUCGCCUAAGUAGUGCUUCCGCUUCGAGUCUGGCAUAUGUCUAAGUAGCGCUUCGCUUAGGGAGCGCCUUGCGCAAAUGGCCCCUAGCUUAAAUGGCGCCUCCGCUUAAGUAGUUCCGCGCCUCGGGUAAGUAGGGCUUCGAAUAAUUUUUGCGUCGCUUCAAUCGUUGAAUUUUUCGCACCACAGUGUCCCUAGACUUCGGAGCACCGAGUGCGAUCCUGGCUCCAAGCGACGCCUACACGUCUCUCAUGGAAAGCAUCACCGCACUGCCGGGCGUAACGAAUCCGCUUUGGGUGCCCUGCGCGUCGGUUCCGGAGCUGCCAACCCUGACUUUCGUAUUGAAGAUUUUUUGCUGAAAAAUUUGCCCGUGAGAACUUACUACUGUCUCGUCUUUUUACCUAAUUUUGCUUUUUUUUUCGAACAGGGAUGAAGAUGCAAGUAGGUACAACGAAUUCAAACUCCAUUACUACAGGACAUUCUUCACGAGCAGUACAGCCUGACCGGAGCGGAGUAUACAGACCCGGAUAAAGACCAUAAGCAAUGCCACCUGCGCGUGUCCGCGGACCCGGGUGCGCCGUACUGGACACUUGGCGCGCAAUUUCACCAGAAGUAUGCGGUUACCUACGACUUUACGCAGGGCAGAAUAGCACUACCCCGCAGCAGCGUGCCGAGCUGGUUCGGGGACAACUGGCUCGCUGUUGUGAUCCCCGGAAGCUUCGGCGUGUUGCUUACCGCCUUCUUGCUCUUCGUGCGCAGUCAGAAGCAUGCCGCAGGAUCGCAAUUUCGCUCGAGCCCGCAGCUGCCGGCAGCGGCAGGGUCCGGGCCAUAG